GGCUAAUCAGAUGGCAGGAUGCCACUAUAAGUUGUGUCUCAGUUGUGCCUUUAAGGUCAGUUUCCAGUUUCCCGUUUCCUGUUGUUUUUGCUUUUGAUCUCUGAAAGAAUCAUGAAAGUUGCUGCUUUCAACAUUCAGAAAUUUGGAAAGAAAAAAUUGUCAGACCCUGCGGUCAUGACAACACUUAUUAAGAUAGUGUCACGCUAUGAUAUCAUUCUCAUCCUGGAGGUGGUGGACACCAGUGGGAAAGCAGUUGAAUGCUUUAUGGAAGAACUUAUUAAGGCCAACCCACAGCACAAAUACAGCAUGCAGCUGAGUGUACGUCUGGGCAGGACCAUUUACAAGGAGCAGUUUAUGUUCAUUUACAGGGAUGAUGUGGUGGAAGUGACUGAUAUUUAUCAGUAUGAGGACAAUCAAUCUGGAGAUGAGGAUGCCUUUGAUAGAGAACCUUUUAUCCUGCGUUUCUCUUCUCCUAACACAGUGGUGAAAGACCUGGUCCUGGUGUCUGUCCACACAAAGCCUAAAGACUCAGAGAAAGAGAUAGAUGAGCUCUAUGAUGUAGUCACGGCAGUGAGAAACAAAUGGAAAACUGAUAAUAUCAUGAUCUUGGGUGACUUCAAUGCAGAUGGCAGCUAUGUGUCUAAAAAGGAGAUGAAGGCAAUUCGUAUCUACACAGAUAAAAACUUCCACUGGCUGAUUACGGAUAAUGUGGACACCACCACCAGCACAAAGAAUGACCACACUUAUGACAGGAUAGUGGUGUAUGGACAAAAACUGCUCGAUGCCCUUGUGCUGAAGUCCGCCAAACCAUUUAACUUCCAAGAGAAAUAUGGACUGAGUGCAGCUGAUGCACUUAAAGUGAGUGAUCACUAUCCAGUGGAGGUGGAACUGAAAAAUGUGGAAAAAAGAAAGAAACGCCAGUGAUCCAAGGUCUGCCAAACGCAAGAAUUAGAUGAAGCCAGGAGACAGAAAACCCUGCCAGAGGACCUGGAAUAAAGGAACCAGUUUGCUGGAAAAUAAAUGCAUGGUUGAAAUGUUUAAAAUUAUAAUGUACAUCUAAAAAUCUGA